CUACCUUCUUUUAGCCCGUUAGACCUUGUGACAAGGACGAUGGUCAGUGGUGAUGACAUUGUUUCACGUGUCUAUAUUGUCUGGGUCUGGAGUAAUCAUUCUAGGAACAGUCUAAGAGCCAUAGCUAGAAAUAUCUGAUAUUUGGUAUUGGCUGGUUGGGACCGCAGAAACUCUACAACAUGAGCAGUUUAGCCGUCCUUUGACACUGCAUGCCAGAAAGCUGUAUGUUUUUUCUUACCAAUUUGUUGCUGUUGACUUUUCAAGUUUCUUAGAGUAGUAGGGGAAUGUUGGAUUGAGGACUCCAAGCCUUGCACAAGAAUUUCUAAUAGGCAAGUAGAGGGGUUUAUUAAUGAAGCGAAUGCUGCAAGUCUGGACCCGGAGGUAAAACGGAGUUCGAACUGAGCGGGUUAAUGAUAAGUUAAACUGCGCGCACUGCACCUGAGUUGAUUGUAGGAAUAUGACCCCGGACAGGAUCCGGGCCGCAAUAUCAAAAGUGCUCGUGAAGAUCGCCUUUGCGACUUUGGGUGCCUCGUUGUGGACAUGCCCAUCAAGCCGCUAAUUCCUCCUGCAGGUUCGGCUCCGUUCAACCUGAGAUAAUCUGCUCAAUACCGCUCAGCCCGCCUUCUUGGCGUCAGCUUCACAGACGGCACCGGAACCCGCAGGAUGGUCAGCAACACACCCAGGUUUUUGUUUCUGUGGUAGAUUACUCGUUGGCGGGUGCGACCGCCAUUGGAGGAUAUAGAGUUGACGACCGCCUGAGUAACGGUCUCAUUCGUACUACUACUGCGACUGCAAUAUACUGCAACCUCUCCGAUGAGCCUUACGCCGAGAAGCUGACAGCACAUGACGCGCAUUCCGCGGCGUAUCAUUGGCAGCAUGUAAGUCGGAACCCUUAGACGAGUUGCCACAGUGCCCACACGAGGUCGGAUCUGCUUCCGGGUCAGACGAACUAAUGCAGUAACCCCCCCUGAUGCGUUCUCCGUCAUUCUAGACAGUAAACUGACCAGGUUAGCAAGGUCUGCUCUCCAUACGUCCCGGCCAAUGACUCAGGCCUGGUAAUGUGCUCCAGGACCAAUGGCACAACACAGCCUGCGAGGGUUGCCAAAAGCGUCUCACCGGCAACAGCAGCAACGGACAGGAUCGUAUGCGCUCCUCGAGUUGCAAUGUCGGUACGGCUGCAGGUUUUUGAAGGAUUCGAAACCCUGUCAAGAACUCCGGAUGGGAUGGGCUCUCAUGCACCGGUAUAAAGACCCUUCGUCGACACGAGUACAGAAGAUGAAGGAAGUCUCGCCCACCGUCUCUUAACGAAAUCCAUCAAACAGACACACCGGUUGUCGGCGGUAUCUGUGGACUACCCACUCCUCAAGAUGGUCCUCACACUCGCGCAGAACUGCGUGCCGGGCGCCUUCGACCCGUCCGUCUUUGGCGCCUCGGUGCUGGCCCUCGAGGCGAACCUGGUGACGAACUACAGCGCCUCGGCCCCGGAAGGCGUCCGCUUCACCUCGCCGGCCGCCGAGCUCCGCAACGCCACCUUCUGCAACGUCACCGUCACCUACACUCACCCGGGCCAGGGCGAUAGGAUCGUCGUCGAAGCCUGGCUGCCGUCAUCGUCGUCGUCGUCCUCCUCCUCUUCAGCGCCGGACGGUGGUUGGAACGAGCGGUUCUUGGCCGUCGGGGGCGGGGGGUACGCCGCCGGCCGCAUCUGGCUGAGCUACGGCGCCAUGAUCGGCGCCCUCGCCGACGGCUACGCCACGGUUACCACGGACGCCGGCCUAGGAUCCUCAGAGGACCCUACCCCCUGGGCCCUCCUCAGCCCCGGCAACGUCGACCUGUACUGCCUGCAGAACCUGGCCUACGUGUCCCUGUACGACCAGGCGGUCAUCGGCAAGUCCCUCGUCAAGAGCUUCUACGGCCGCGACCCGGCGUACUCGUACUGGACCGGCUGCUCCCAGGGCGGCCGGCAGGGCCUCGCGCUGGCCCAGCGGUACCCGGACCUCUACGACGGCAUCGUCGCCGGCGCGCCCGCCAUCAACUGGACCCGGCUGUUCGCCCACAUCCACUGGCCGCAGCAGGUCAUGAACGAGCUGGGCGCGUACCCGUACCCGUGCGAGCUCGACGCCAUCGUCAGGGCCGCUGUGGCCGCGUGCGACGGGGCCGACGGCGUCGUCGACGGCGUCAUCUCGGACGCCGGCGCGUGCCUUGACGCCUUCGACCCCUUCUCCCUCGUCGGGACGCAGACGGCCUGUCCGCAGGCCGGCGGGGCCGACAAGACCAUCAGCGAGGCCGCGGCCGUCGUCGUUAACGCCACGUGGCGCGGCGUCGUCACCGCCGACGGCGAGAGCAUCUACCCGGGGAUCCUGCCGGGGGCGGACCUCACGGGCAACCUGAACGGGCUGGGCGGCAUCGCGGGCACGAGCUGCGACGCGGACGGCUGCGCGGGGGCGCCCGUGGUGCUCGGCACCACGUGGUUCCAGCUCUUCCUGGCCAAGGACGCGAGCUUCCCGCUCGGAAACAUGACGCGCGAGCGGUUCGACGAGCUCGUCCACCGGGGAGAGCAGCAGUACCAGUCCAUGCUGGACACGGCCGACCCGGACCUGCGGGCCUUCAAGGCUGCGGGGGGCAAGAUGGUCUCGUUCCACGGUCUCACCGACAACGUCAUCCCGCCUGCCGGAAUAGCGGCGUACUACGACGCCGUGGCGGGCGUCACCCCGGACAUCCGGGAUUUUUACCGGCACUUCGAGGCGCCUGGGCUCGCGCACUGCUACGGCGGAGCGAGCGGGCCGCCGACGGGGCUCUUCUCGCAGCUGCGCGACUGGGUCGAGAACGGCGCAGCCCCUCCCGAGCGGACGCCGGUGAGGGUGGCCGUCGUCGACGAGGAGGCGGCGAAGACGACGACGCACGAGAGGAUACUGUGCGCGUACCCGCAGACGGCGGCGUUGGACGGCGGCUGUGGCGACCCGUCGCGGACCGAGUGCUGGUCGUGUGCCGGCGAGGCGCGCGUCUCGUAGUGGUUGUGGCGGGGGGUUUGUACAGAAAAGGGGUUGUUUCCCAGGCCGGUCUACGAGUUCGGGAGAGGAGGGGGGGAUUCGGUGUUUGACGUGUAUUCUCGUCUUUCACCGUCUCUCCGUGUAGCUGGUUUGACAUGUGGUCAAUGUCGUCAUCUAGGCCAUGAAACCCAUCCUUUGCCCUGACCACUUCGAUGUUAAAACAACGGCGGUCCUCUCCAGGCGUCGUGUAGAAUUUGGCUAGGUGAAACGGCGUCAAGGUGACCGGGACUGUCUCGAGUGAGAACUCCGGGGCAAUCGUCCACAGCCGCAGCAGUCCCUCGCCCACUGAACUGAGGCAGGGUCGUAGAGUAAAUCAACAACAUCCCAUGAAUUCCCUCUGGCGCGGAAGCUCAAGGUGACUCUUCCGAUAAGACCUGACGUGGAAUUAGACUCCCCAAUGGCCCACCUCGAGAAAAUACCGCCGGUCUGGGCCCGGCCCCUUGCUCUCUCCAUCUCGCUUCCCGCUGAUCUUUCCGCAAUGGCGGUAAGGUGGAAGAUAGAGAGAGAUAGGCAAGUAAGGCAAACGUACCAGGCAUGAGGCACGGAGGAUGAGACCAAGUUUCAGCCCUACAUGGAUCGUCAUCGUCAUCGGCGGGGUGAGGUGUGUGGCGUUACGCCAAGGACAAGCGAGAACGACGCAUCCAGGAGAGGGAGAAGAUCAUCCCUCUCUCCACCAUGUCAUCCGCACGCGUUCCCAGGGGCGGGGGCAAAACGGGAAUGAGGGGCACGAGAUUUGGUUCAAGAGACGUAGUAGGUGUG